CCCACAUAUCUAGACUGCGACGUUGGACGCGGAGAUGGCGGAGAUGAUAAGGAUCAAAAUUAUGACUCGCAACGGUGCAACUAUAACUCGGUCUGCGGGGAGUGUCAAGAACGACAAUUUACCGUUCAUUUCUGCGGCUCAGGUUCAGAGAGAAACUGGGACCGAGGGCUCCAGAAUUUGGGUUGUGAUCGACGACAUAGUGUAUGAUGUGACAGAGUUUUCGAAACAACAUCCGGGCGGCCAAGUUCCUUUGAGGAAUUUUGCUGGAAAAUCAUGCUCUUGGCAGUUUCAUCAGAUCCAUAGCCUCAAAACGCUGCAGAAGUAUGAGAAACUGCGUGUCGGUUGGACAGAAGAUGCUCCCAAUCCAUAUCAGAAGCCGAAGCCCCAAAUCGUGAAGCCAUUGUGGUCUCAUCAAAACUGGUAAUUGGUAGUAGUAGUAGUAGUAGUUGCUAUUUUACGUCGGAAAAGUGGCACGUGCGCUGGUCACGUGCCCACAAAGAUCCCGGAGCGGAAUAUACGACGGGCGAAGCGGAC